UUUGAUUCUCAAUUUUUAUUGCGGUAUAAUACGUUAUUUUGAACAAGUAAAUAUUAUUGUCUAAUUUGUAUUUAUUAUUUUUUAAGGUUACGUUUAUCUCGUGAUUUCAAAAAACAGUUGAGAAUUUAAUGCCGAAUCCACGUGCUUCAAAGGCACUGACAGUUGACAGACCAAGUUUUUAAUUUUAAUGAAAAGUUGGACACGUUAAAAUGAGUUUCAAGUGUAACAAAGAUUUUAUUGAAGAAGGAGAUGUAGUGAUAUUGUACAUAAAUCCCAACAAUAUGCAUCAAAUUAAAGUGAAAGACAAAAUUUUUAAUAAAAAGGGAGAACUCGUUGAUAAUGUAUUCCAAACAACUUACGGUGCCUUGAAAGUUAUUAGUCUUAUUGGUAAAAAGUACGGAUCAAAAGUCGAUCUGUCAAAAGGCUGGGCUCACGUUUUGCAGCCAACCCCAGAGUUGUGGACUUUGACACUUCCGCACAGGACUCAGAUCAUUUAUACACCUGACAUAAGUUUGAUAAUAUACCUUCUCGACUUGGUUCCUGGAAGUGUUGUGAUAGAGACAGGAACUGGUAGUGGAUCUUUAUCACAUUCUUUGGUAAGGACAAUUAGGCCAAACGGUCACCUGUACACAUUUGAUUUUCACGAGCAAAGGGUAUCAUUGGCUCAAGAAGAAUUUAAAAGUCAUGGUAUCGAUGAAUUUGUUACUGUGAGCCAUCGAGAUGUUUGUACACAAGGAUUCGGAAAUGAACUUGAGCACAAGGUUGACGCCGUCUUUUUGGAUUUACCUCUUCCGUGGUUAACGAUCGAUUUCGUUGUUAAAUCUUUGAAAAAGAGUGGAGGAAAGCUUUGUUCAUUUUCACCUUGUAUAGAACAAGUUCAAAAGACGUGUGAAAAAUUAGCAUCAAAAGGCUUUAUAGGAAUUGAAACUUAUGAAUGUUUGCAAAGGGAAUUGACUGUUAUACAAAAAAAUUUGCCUGUGCUGGAUUUACUUAGUGUAAAAAAUACGGUAAAUUUUAAUUCUUUCACGAACGAGAGCCUAAACAAGUUUCUUGAUCCUGUGAAACUAACAACAGUUGCUCAUCCUGCAUCAACUCCUGGUCAUACAGGCUAUAUAACGAUUGCUACACUACCACCUGAUUUUGCGAGAGUUACCGAAGAGGGAUAAUUUUUAUUUCAUAGUCAUGACUAAUUAA